AUGACAGCUCACGAAAAAACUGUUGUUCAAGUAAAAGUACGAAAAGGAGUAAUGAGUACCACCGAUGAUCCAUCAAAUAUUUUUCUUAUUCUAAAUGAUAAUCAUCGGAAUCAGAAUUACACCACAGAAGCUGAUCAUUCUGUAUGUGCAGUUUAUAAAUUAUAUCCACAGCGUUUUUGGAUUUUAUUUGUAUUUUCAUUUCUUUCGUUUAAUCAUUGCAUGAUCUGGUUAACAUUUUCACCCAUUGCUCUAAGUGCUGAACAAUAUUAUCUUAUUUCAGAAUCAACAGUUGAUUUAUUAUUAAAUUGGGGUGCCAUAGUAUUCAUUCCAUGUUUACCAUUAACUUACAUAUUAUUAAAUAAGAAAAACGGUUUACGUAAAUGUGUUUUAACGUUUGCUAUUUCCGUAUUUCUUGCAACAUCAAUUCGAAUUCUGCCAUUAAUUUUUACACAUUUAAAGCCA